UCAUGCACACUCUAAUAACUCCAUCUCUAGCACAAGAGUAGAAUUAAAAUUUCAUUUACUAAACAUAGCCAUGGAUAAAAAAAUGUCAUGUAGUACAUUACUAGCCAUUUUUCUUGUUUUCUUGUUGAUGGAAGCAAAAACUGUUAAAGCUCAAAAUAACAAUGGAAAAAAGUCACCUUAUGAUGCUGCUAUAACUAAUUACUAUAUGUUGCCAACAUCACCUACUGGGCAUGAACAAGCCUAUUGCCUUGCUAGAGGGGCUUGCCAAAAUAAGACAUUGGUAUGUCCGGAUCAAUGCAUGGUGAGGAAGCCGGUUCGGAAUCGGAAACAGAAAGGUUGCUUCAUUGAUUGCAGUAGCAGAUGUGAAGUCACCUGUAAAUGGAGAAGGCCAAAUUGUAACGGAUAUGGAUCUCUGUGUUAUGAUCCACGAUUCAUCGGUGGCGAUGGCGUAAUGUUCUACUUCCAUGGAGAAAAGGGAGGAAACUUUGCCAUAGUUUCCGACGAAACCCUACAAAUCAAUGCACACUUCAUUGGAACUCGACCCCAAGGAAGGACUCGGGACUUCACAUGGGUGCAAGCUCUAUCGAUCAUGUUCGACACUCACACGCUAGUCAUUGCAGCAAAGAAAGUUGCACACUGGGAUUCUAAUAUCGAUGCUCUUCUAGUAAAAUGGGACGGAAAGGAAAUUGAAAUCCCGACAACGGGCGAGGCAGAAUGGAAAGCGAACAGUGAAGAAAGAGAGGUUGUUGUUGAGAGAACUGAUGAUACUAAUACUGUAAGAGUCACAGUUGCUAAUUUACUGGAAUUAAAUAUAAAUGUGAGGCCAAUUGGGAAAGAAGAAGACAGAAUUCAUAACUAUAAGUUGCCGGAAAAUGAUGCUUUUGCUCAUUUGGAAACACAGUUUAAGUUUUUUAAUCUGACGGAUUUUGUUGAAGGCGUUUUAGGCAAGACUUACCGGCCGGAUUAUGUUAGUCCAGUGAAGAUUGGUGUUUCUAUGCCAAUGAUGGGUGGAGAAGACAAGUAUAAGACUCCAAAUCUCUUUUCACCUCUUUGUAGAGUUUGCAGAUUUCAGAGAAUUAGUUCUGAAACUAAUUAUGAAGUGUCUGCAUACUAAUUAAUGACAAAGAAUAACGGUAAAGAUGUGAUUUUGUGUUGUGUAAGCUUUGAUUCUGGAAUUUAUGCAUAAAAGUUGGCAAAAUUUGUGAGGGUUGUUUAUUUAGUAAAUUAACUUAUGAGACAAUGGACAUUUCGAUCCAUAAAAUUAUGUACCGAAUCAAUUAGAUUCA